AUGGCAAAUUAUUGCUUUUUGCUUCGUCAGAUAAUUGAAUUAUUGAAGAACAAAGAUUUAAACACCAAAGAAGCAUCCUCAAAAGCUUUUAUCGAGAUUGAUCGUGGUCAGGAAAUUUUUGAUGAUUUAGGGAAUUAUGAACAUGGGUUUGCAAACGAGGAACCUUCGGAGAAACCUAGGUUAAGGGAAUUUUCUAUGGAAUUUAGUUCAACCACAGAAUUAUCAUCCUUACCAACAAAAUGUCUUUCACAAAUCUUCAAGAAUGUGGAGGAUGAUGGAUAUUCAGGACUAUUUUCUUGCCUUUUGGUUUGUCGCGCAUGGUGUAGGGAUGUUGUUCCUUUAUUAUGGUCAAGACCUUUUAGCAAAUUACCAAAAGAUUCUAGGUAUAAACUUAUUAGAACUUUUAUCACGUGUCUUUCAAGAGAAGAAAGAUCCUACUUAAAUUCACAACUGUUAAAAUAUAGAAUUAGAAUUCCCGAUUCGUCUCGUAGUUUAAUUAAUUACUCCAUAUAUUUAAAAGAGUUAUCAUACAUGGAUUUAUAUCAUUCGGUUGAUUCCGGAAUAAAACAUUAUCGUAAAUCAUUCAUUGGACGUAACACUUAUAAACUGACUACCUUGAUAGCAAGAUCAAUUUGUAAAUUGUUUUUAACCAAAAACAUAACCGAUCCUUCUUUUCAUCUAGAAUCAUUUAGGUUUGAUAAACAUUUUAUGCAAAUGGACAUUUUCCCCGAGAUAGAUUUAUUUUCAAAGGUUUACCCUGGUUUAUCACAAAUCACUAAACUUACAUUAAAUUAUGAUCCAAAUUCCGAAAAUCUUUAUAAAUUUUUACAAUCCUUUCCUUCUUUAUGUACGGGAUUAAAUCAUUUGAACGUUACCUUACCUUAUUUUGAAAGUAAUCCAACUUUAAUAGAUUUAUUAAUUUCCAUAAUUAGAGCUCAAAGGUCAAUCCAUUCAUUUCAUCUAUCUGGUGCGAGAAUCGGUGCAGAUGUCAUCCUGCCAGUACUUUUAUCACAACAUUCUAAUUAUUUGACUUCAAUGAAAUUUCAGAACGUUAAUUUUAAUAAUGUCAAUUUACACGCGUUAACUUCUUGUGUAAGGUUAGAAGAUCUUACCAUAUCCCAUUGUAUAGGUUUAGACAGUUCAAGUUUACCUUUGGCGAGUCGUUUGGGUUCUUCAUCAUUCUUUGAUAACAACGGGUUGAUUUUGAAAUCAUUAAGCAUUGGAUGUUCUCCGAUAUAUUCCCAGAUAUCCACCAUUAUCCUCGCUUCUCCACUUGGUACAACGUGUCGAGAAUUGUGUUUGGAUUUGAUCACACCAGAAAUCAUCAACAUCACGAAACGUUAUUGUCAAAACGCCACCACGUUGAAACUCCGUGAUUAUUUCAUCAACAACAACAACUUUGAAGGGUCCUCGGGAAUGAUGAUGUUACGUGAAUUAUUUCAUGGAAUAUUUCUUGAAAAAUUAAUAAUUAGUAUCAGUCCAAAGAAUAGUGAAUACGAGGAAUUAAAUAUUCACGGUAGAGAUUUACCAGCAAGCUGCUGGUAUUUGAAAUUAAAAUGUGGAUUCUCUGUUAAACAUUUGGAUGAUUUAUUAUUGAGCGAUGAAUGUGUGGCACCGGUCAGCGUGUUGAUCUUAGAUUAUUCGAAAUUACAUCUUGGACAUUUUAAGAUUAUACGCGAUUUGGUAAAAAAGAAGAGAAUUUUAAAAUACUUUGGUAUCUGUGGAAGGAAAGAAUUUGAUGAUGAAGAAUUGGAGGUGAUCAAAGAUUUACAACAUGAAUAUAAAGUUGUCGUUAAUCUCAAUGAAUCCGAUGAGUUAUAG